AUGACGGCAUUGCUCCUCAUCCAGAAGGUCAAGGAGCAUGCGUUCCCCGUGCAGGGGGAGGAAGCAUCCGAGCUGUUUAGGCAAGGGCAGUUGUUGACAGGACCUUUGUCCAAGCAGCCAGGUGAGCCCAUGCUAUCCUACAUUUCCCGGCGAAAGCGCUGGUGGACCACUUUGAGGGAUUUGGACCCAGAAGUGCGUUUGUCUGAGGCCAUGCGUGCAAACCUGCUUGUGGAGUUGUCCGGCUUGUCGCGCCAGGAGCAGCUCACGGUGCGCGCUGCUGCACAAACAGAAACAGUGGACGAGUAUGCACGCGUGUUAAUCAGGCAUCACAGCGUUGCGCACAUGCGCGAGUGUCUACUUGUCGACAAGGACAAGCCAACUUCGCGACCAUGA